UAGGAGAAGUGAAGAAUACACUAAGGGGUGAUCUAAGUUCUGGGAUGUGGGUGGAGAUGAGCAUGACAACCUAGGAGAGGUUGGUAUUCUAGAGAUGGCUGAGCUCUACUUGAUGAACCCGAGAUGGAAAAUAUGAUUUUUGAUGAUGUACUUGGUGAUGGUGAAGAAUGAAACUAUUAGUACUUAUGUUUAGUUUAUUUAUGAUUUGUAAAACUAUUAUUAAGACAUGUAUUUGGUUUGAUGAUUUCUUAAUAUGUACGAGACUACGUUCGUACACUUUGUUUAUUUACUUGUUUUAACAAAAUUGUGUGCUUUGAGGCUAAUUAUUUAGUGUUUUAUUGAAUAAGUUGUCAAAUUAUCGUUUUUUUUAUAUAUUAUAUGCCUUGUUAUACGCCGUACCCGUGUCCCUAUUUCAGGAUUGCCGUUUUCCGUGUCCGUAUCGUGUCCGUGUCGGUAUCCGUGCAACUUAGCUCCACAAUGAAAGAAUUUUGAAAUUCCAGAGAGCGCCAACAACUCCAGUUGUAAACUACUUACGCUCAUUUCAAUUCUUCUGAUUUCAAUUCAACCUCCAAAUUUCCAACAAUGGCGUCCUCUAAAUCAUCAACUCUGAAGCUGCUAAUGCAACAAGGUCCUCGACAAGGUGAAACCUUAGAAUUCAACUCCAGAUCCAGUGUUCGAAUCGGCCGAGUCGUCAAAGGAAACAAUCUUACCAUCAAAGAUUCUGGGAUUUCCUCCAAACACCUCAUCAUUCAAUUCAACCCAGAUUCUGGAAACUGGGAAAUCAAAGACCUCGAUUCUUCAAAUGGUACUAUCUUGAACUCCUCUCAACUUAAACCCCUUUUCCCUUCUGUAAUUCAAAAUGGGGAUGAGAUUAAAAUUGGUGAGCUUACCUCUAUUAGGGUUGAAAUUGCCCUAAUUCAGGAGGAAACUAACAGCCGUAGAAUUACUAGGAAUAGAAAAGCUGCUAUUGAUUUGGGAACUAAGGUUAUUGAGGGUUCCAAUUUGAAAUUUCGGGAUGAAAUUGAUAACCUUAUUAGGCGACCUGCUUCCAAUUCUGGGGUUGAGGAUUUGAAUGUAGAGAGUAGUAUGGUUGAACAAAUUCCAAAACGGCGCGGAAGAGGGCGUGCGACAAAAGAGGAUGAACAUGCUGUGAAUUUGGAAGGUGUUAUGAGUAAGAGGAACACUAGGAGUUCUAAGAGAGGAGAAGUUGAAUUUCUGGGUUUAGAACAGGUAAUGCAGCCGAGGAGGACUAGGCGUGGAAAGAAUGCCGAGGUUGUAGAGAUGCCCAUCUCUGUUAUGGAGGAAACCAAGGGAUUGGAUGUGGAUGAUUGUAAGCAAGUGGUGGAAAAUAACAAGACACGAGGAGGUCGUGGGAGGAAAAAGAAGCAUGGUGUUAGGAGUUUAGAUAAUGUUUUGGAUGAUUUUCCGGAGGAGAAGAUGAAUAAUCAUGAGGUAUUAGAUAAGGAAGUUCCUCAGCAGCAGUCUUGUGAAGAUUUGAAGGGUGAUAAAAUGAAUGAGCAAGUUUUAAAGGUGGAGCUUUCUGAACAAGAGGGAGGUGCUCCGUCUUUGAAAGAGCAGAAUUUUGCAGAACCGAUGGGUGAGACUACUCAGCAGGAAGAUGGUCUAUGUGGCAUAGAGAGUGAUGUAAUGUUGGACGAUCGGAGAAUGGAAGAAACUGAAGCUGCUCAAGAUGUUGUUUUGGAAGAGAUAAGGGAUUCUGAGGCGUUGGGGAAGGAGUUGCCUGAACAGGUGGUGAAUUUAAGGCAGGAACCUUGCGAAAAAUGGAUGGAUGGUACUCUUCAGCAAAAUGUAUCAGAUGAUAAGACAAAUGCACGGUUUUUGGAGGGGGUGGUUCUUGAUCAGGAUGGAGGUGCUCAAUGUGUGAGAGAGCAAGAUUGUGCGGAGGAAGGUGCCCAAGAGGAUGGCAGUCUGGUUGGCGUUUCUCAUGCUGAGGAAAGGGUUUGUAAUGGAGUAGAGAGUGAUGUAGUGCUGAAUGAUGGGAGAGUGGAAGAAUCAGAUAUUGAAGAGAUUGUUAAAGAGUCAGAGGUCAAGUGUUAUGAUAGAAGCAAAGAUCCUGAGGUCACUGUUGUACCCGACCUGGAAAAGAUGACUCUAGGGGAAUGGUUUGAUUAUUUGGAAGUAUAUUUACCUAAGCAGAUUUAUGCUGCCACAUAUGAGGUAGUUAAGGACAUGCAAAAAAGAGCUAAGCAGUUUGAUGAAUUCAUGUUGCAGCAGCAGAAAGAGAAAAAGACUGCCUUUGGCUUUGGCAAAGAUGACGACUUAAAUUAAAUAUGGAGGUAGAAUGUUAAGACAAUAUGUCCUCGGGCUUAUUUUGAGAAGACGGAGGAGGCAAGUCAGAGCAGGGAGUUCAUUGAAGAUAGAAACACGCUUCAGG